GGGUGGCAACACUGGACUGUGACUGGAGCACUGAUGGCAGGAAAUGACGGUAGCUCAGGUAGUGAUCCGGAAAUGGAAGAUGAAUCGUGUGGCGGGAGUGUAGGGAGUGAAUGGUGGAAAAUUGUGAAUCGGAAAAGGAAGAAAACAAAUAGUCGAGGAUCAAUGACGGAUAGUGGAAAGGAGGAUAACGGGAGUAAGGAAAACAUAGAAGAAUAUAAAGUGAUGAUGAAAUUUGCAGAAUCAGUGCUUCACACUCCAGUCCAGUUGGUGGCGGUAAAUGCACCAUAAGUUGGUUUGCCAUCCGCCAUAAAAAGUCAAUAGAAGAAGAAGAAGAAGAAUCACAUCCGCUCUGAAACAGAAACUGAAGCAAAAGAAAAUAAAUAUACAACACGUAUUGGAGGUGGGAUCAGCUGAUGAGGGUUUGGUGGGCCUCUCUAAUGUGGAAGCCGUUCGAUCGAAUGAAGGUCUUGAAGCCUCUGAUGACCAGCAUCCGAGUGUUAUUGGGAAAGGUUUUUUUGGGCAGCUGUGGUUGCCGCACCUAUGCGUAAGGAAUGACUGGAAAAGGGGUCGGCUGGGAUGCCAGAUUGAAGUGAAACAGAUUUAAAGUGUUUUUGGAACCAGAAACACGUAACCGAACGAUUGGAGUCUGAAUACGAUGGAGGUAAAAGAGGAAACUGAGGAACUGAAUGAAGUUGAGGAGAGACAUCAGGUACCUCAUGAUGUCAUUACUGAAGAGGAAUCUCCUGAUUGUUUAGAAAUAUCAACUAAGAAAAGAGAAACCAAUCAUUCAGUCAAUUCCCAUGAAACUCUUUCCACAAGAAAUGGACACCAUAGCAAAGACAAGAGCACUAACAAUAAAGAGAGAUGUCACACGUGCCAGCAGUGUGGAAAGAGUUAUGCAUUUAGGUGUUCCCUUAGGGCACAUUUGAAAUCUCACACUGGAGAGAAGCCGUACAAAUGCACUCAUUGUGAAAAGAGUUUUGUAUGUGCAAGAAGACUUAUGUUUCAUGUAAGAAGUCACACUGGAGAGAAACCUUACACCUGCACUCAGUGUGGAAAGAGUUUUUCACAAAAAGGAAACCUUAUGUCUCACGAAAAAAUUCACACCAAACAAAAGCCGCACACCUGCUCUCAGUGUAAGAUGAGUUUCACACUGAAAGGUCAUCUUGAGAGUCACGUGAGAAUUCAUACUGGUGAAAGACCUUUCAUGUGCUCUCAGUGUGGAAAGAGUUUUGCACAAAAAGCAACCCUUAUGACUCAUGUAAGGAUUCACACUGAAGAGAAACCUUACACCUGCCUUCAGUGUGGGAAGAGUUUUGCAAUUAAAUCAUCCCUGACGCAUCAUGCAGUGAUUCACACCGGAGAAAAGCCGCACACCUGCCCUCAGUGUGGAAAGAGUUUCACACUUAAAGCUCAUCUUCUGAGUCACAUACGAAUUCACACUGGGGAGAAACCUUUCAUUUGUCCUCAGUGUGGAAAGAGUUUUGCACAAAAAGCAACCCUUAUGACUCAUGUAAGGAUUCACACUGAAGAGAGACCUUACACCUGCCCUCAAUGUGAAAAGAGCUUCACACAGAAAAGUCAUCUUAAGAAUCACAUAUUAAAUCACAUUGGUGAGAGACCUUACACGUGUAAUCAGUGUGGAAGGAGUUUUGCACGAAAAGAUAAUCUUGAGAGUCACACAUCAAUUCACACUGAAGAGAAACCUUACACGUGUCCUCAGUGUGGGAAGAGUUUUGCAAUAAAAUCAUCUUUUACCCAUCACAGAGUAAUUCACACCGGAGAAAAGCCGCACACCUGCCCUCAGUGUGGAAAGAGUUUUACACAGAAAAGUCAUCUUAAGAGUCACAUAUUAAUUCACAUUGGUAUUUAAAGCAACACUAAAGAGUUUUUGCUCUUUGCUCCCCCUACAGGUUAGAAGCGUAAUUGUCCAUUACCACUGUCGUAAAUACUGCAGUAUAGCUGGCUCUGAUUGGAUUGUAGGUCUGCCGUAAAGCAAGUUUUUGUAGUUUUCACUCAAACUACAGGACCACGACCCGACGGUUGGAAACUUCUUUAGUGCGAUUUUGGCCGAUAGAGGGCUGCAAAGCGAAUGUGAAAGUGCAGGUUACCCUGUUUCCAAUGUACAAACGACUGAAACUUUUUUGGAAACAUUAUUUUAAGGUAAAAAAAACCUCUUUAGUGUUGCUUUAAAAAAGUGACAAGUGUACAGGGUUAACAGUGUGCUUUGGUCACUGGUCAAAUGUUUUUACGAAAAGAGGGGUUUAGACAUCUGCGAACUGCUUCGAAUAAACAGUUUCUGAGAGAUGAGGUAAAAUACAUAAAUAAUUUAUAUUUUGAAAAAGUAACAAUGUGUUUUUACUUUGUAUGUUUUUAAACCUGUUGUAGAGGUCUUCAAGACCAUAUUAGACAGCUUUAAAAUAUUUAGGACAUCUGCAGUGCACUUUAAAUUCACAGUGUCAGAACCAUUAUACAGUCGCAAGAAAAAGUAUGUGAACCCCUAGUAACACAAUGUGUUGGUUACCCUAACCCUAACAACUCUGUCAUCAUUUACUCACUCUCAUGUUGUUACAAACGUGCAUACAUUUCUUUGUUCUGAUGAACAUGAAGGAAGAUAAAUGUUUGUAACUAA